UCCUCUAUUUUGACCACUUCAAGUAAUUUUGCAGUAUGUUCAAUCCUCAAUGGGGUUAUGUCAUGUUCUUUUAUUUUAGGUUGUGCUGUGGAUGGCCAUCCAACUCCAAAUAUCACCUGGCUUUACUCUGGAAAGCCUCUCAGUCUGAGGCAUCGCUUCCUAGCAGCAGGACAAAUUCUUCAAAUAUACAACAUCAGUGAUGCUCCUGAAGGAGAAUUCAGCUGCCUUGCUCAGAAUGAGGCUGGUUCACUCUUACAAAAAACUUCCCUGGCAAUACAAGACUACCAGUGGUCAGUGGACAAGCUGAUGGCUUGUUCUGCUUCCUGUGGCCACAAAGGAGUGCAGGUGCCCCAACUGAGGUGCUUACUGAAUGGGACUGAAGUCAAUAUAUCCAACUGCAAAGAGAAGCCCAAGCCAACCCUGCAGCCCAUCGCAUGCAAUAGGAGAGACUGCCCUUCACGGUGGAUGGUAACAUCAUGGUCUCCAUGUACACGGAGCUGCGGUGGAGGAAUCCAAAUGCGACGAGUGACAUGCCAACGACUGACAGCAAAAGGCAGCUCUGUCCCAAUGUCAAAUGAAGCCUGUGCUCAAGCAUCCAAGCGCCCAGUGGACACACAGAACUGUAACAGGCAACCCUGUGUUGAGUGGGUGGCCUCCUCCUGGGGCCAGUGUAAUGGGCCUUGCAUUGGGCCACGACUCGCUGUGCAACACAGACAGAUAUUUUGCCAGACAAAAGAUGGGACUUCUGUGUCAUCUGAUCAGUGCAGUGCCUUACCGAGGCCUUUGAGCACUCAGAACUGCUGGACUGACAUCUGUGGCGUGCAUUGGAGGGUCAGCUUGUGGACAGUGUGUACAGCUACCUGUGGAAACUACGGCUUCCAGUCCCGGCGUGUGGACUGCGUGCACAUCCGUACCAACAAACCUGUGCUCGAGCACUACUGCUCCUGGAGACCACGGCCAGUCAACUGGCAGCGCUGCAACAUCACGCCCUGUGAGAACAUGGAGUGCAGAGACACCACAAGGUACUGUGAGAAAGUGAAGCAGCUCAAACUCUGCCAGCUCAGCCAGUUCAAAUCACGCUGCUGUGGGACUUGCGGAAAAGCCUGAAGGCGAAUGCGAUGAAAAUGGAGGAACAAGGGGAUCUCAGCUUUUGCUUCACUGAGGCAAAGACUUCUACAGAAAAUAUAAAUGGAAUGGAAUUCUUUUUUUUUUUUUCAUUUUAUUUAUUU